CUGUGGGACAGUUUAACUGUAGCAUUGGACAUUUACAAAAAGAAGAAGUGACUACUUUAAGUUCCUUCAUAUUCUGUGUCAAUCACUGGAGACAUUACAUCAUCAUUCAUUAUUUGUGGAGUUAGUGAGUCACUAGAGGGAGACACUGUUUAUUGGACACAGACACUGGAGAUAAUUUGUAGUUUGUCACAUGCUGGUUGGUGAUUGGUGCUGCAGUGGUACCAGGACACUGGUGAUACUCUGUGGGCCCUAACUUCCAUCACAGACAAUGCUGGUAUUGCUUUGAGUCAUCAGAGGUUACCUCUAACACAUACCUAUACACCAGGAAAUAUUGCUGUCCUUGGGAAACUUUGCUGGAGACACUGUAGAAAAUAAAUACUUGGAAAAAUUGUGUAAUGCAAUUGAGAACUUGAGGACUGUAGAUGAAUUAAUUCUGAGGACAUCAAAAAGUUUUCAAGUAAAAUUUAAGUGGUGUGUGAAUACUUCUUUUCGAUGACCUUAGGCUUAUGACGUUGACCAGUUGGUGGUACAGUGUUUAUAUUACAAAACAGACGCAAGAGGGACUGGGCAGCCCUGUGUACAGAUCCGGAUUAUAUAUAGGACUGGUUCUCGAGUAGACCAAGCAUAUACCUAUCAAUUGUGGAUACUCAAAAGAUUACCAUGAGGGGUGUGCAUUUGGAAGAACCAACAUCACCAAUAACAAAACAACUCAACGAAGACCUGGACGAAUUUGUCCGGCAACUCACACACCCAAAGGGAACUGUUGAUCGUUCACAAUCCAUUGACGUGUCGGCCCUUGACAAAUUAGGAAAAAUGAAAUUAGAAUCAUCACAAUCGUCAGGGAGGGAUACUCAUAGUGUUCGACGAUCUGCUCCAGAAAUUGCUGAGAAACAGGAGAAACAUAUAUGUGAAGCAGUAAACAAUCCUCGUAAAAGCUGGCGGAAACACAUUUUACAGAGACGCAAUGGAAAGAGCGUCUCAUCUGGGACAAACUCCACCGAUAUUGACGAGGCUGUGGAGAUUUCAUUUGGUUCAAAUGAUGAUGAGGGGCUAGAUGUCAAAGAAAUAUCUUUUGACAGUACGUCAUCAGGGCUUCGUGAUUCCAAAGUCUUAUUUCAUGGUGAUUCCACACCGGAGGAUUCUGAUCAAGAGUCAACACUGACACAGGGAAACAAAUCAUCCGCACUUUAUGGACAAAAAUAUGUUAAAAAGGACAAAGACACACAGGCAGUAAAGGAAUCGAAAAGGCGCCGGUUUCGCCGCAUGAUAACACGCCCCUUGCGCCGGAGUCAGAGUGCUGGAUGCGAGCAGGAUAUACCAGUCCACGCUCUAUUCCUACAUCGUACAGAAGAGGUAUCUCCAGAAAAAGAUACGAUUGAAAGUCGUGCAGCUGACCUGUCCAUGUAUCAGAGACAGUUGUUUGGAGACGUUGAUGCCGAGGCUGACAGUGCCAAUUCCAACCUUCCACGUCGCCCAGUUCACAAAACAUGUUCAGCAGAUGCAGCUAUGAUGGCAAAAGAGGACUUUGGCAUUGCCAGUAAUAACAACAACUCACAAACAAGACCGAAAUCUCGUAACAUAGCUAAGAACAUGAAGAGAAAAUUCCAGUUUUUACGACGCCGAAAUACAGACACAGCUUUAGUGGGUAGCCUGAUGUCAGUUCACGCCAGACCAUCGUCAGACCAGGCCUCACAGUGGAGUCAGUCAUUCGACACGUUGCUAGGCGACAAAUGUGGAGUAGAAUUGUUCAAAGGCUUUCUCCGAUCAGAAUUUAGUGAGGAAAAUUUGGAGUUCUGGAUCGCUUGCCAGGAUUAUAAAAACUGUAAAGACAGUAAGCUGAUGGUGCAAGCACAGAAAAUUUACUCCGAUUUUGUCGCUUUCCAGGCUCCUAAAGAGGUGAACUUAGAUUCCAAAACAAGAAUGCAGGCUAUAUCUAACCUGGAUGCACCCUCGCGAGAAACCUUUGUUGAGGCCCAGAAACGGAUCCAAGCAUUAAUGGAAAAAGACUCUUACCCUAGAUUUCUGGAAUCUGAUAUCUAUCUGCAGCUUAUUAAUUUGUCGGACAACACUAAAAGUUGAAUGGACUGAUGAUUUUCAGGAUUUUAAUGACAUCUUUAUUUGUUACUCUUAUUGAAACUCUUUGUGAUACCAAAAACACUGUCAAGCAGCUGUCAGAAUGUACUGUGUGGAAUUAUUUCUAAUGGAACAUCAUUACAAAUCGUCAGAGUAGGAAGCUAGUUCUUUCACACAAAUAUCUAAUGUUACACAACUUCCGAUAUAAAAAUACAAACCAGGUAUUUGUUAUGGUUUCUGAGAACUAGUUAAAGCAUUCAUGGGGAUACCAUUGUUACAAGGAAGGACCGACAGCUUGGUAAAUGUAAAUACCAUUCCUGACGAGUCAUCGUUGUAAUUUCAUUAACGUAUUUAGCUUUUGUAAUUUUUAUACGUGAGGUAAGAUAUCUCUACCAAAGUGUGGAUUUUUUUUCACAGUUUCAAAUCUGCUGUUGUUGUCAGUUAUAACUGUUUUGAUGAUGUGUGUGAUAACAGAAUAGAUAGUGGUGGAUCACACACCAGUAAAUAUGGCUUUGUUGAUACCGAUUGAUUAUAUCACCUCUGUAAUUCGUUUAGAAGUGCUUUAUUAUAAGACAGUGUCUUUUACCAUGGAUUUGUAACAUUAUUGUCAAUAUUCUGCAUUAAAUAGAAAAUCAGUAUUGAGAACAAAUUGUAAUUGAUAUAAUUACUUACCAAUCUUGGAGUUAAUAAAUCAAGGGAAGAUGGAUGGGGUUUACUUUUAACUUUGUGAUUCUUUCAUCAACUGGAGCAUGUUGUAAUUGAUGUUGAAAAUUAUAUAAUUAUAUAUAAUGAUAUUCACACACAUAGAGUUUAAUAAGGCAUUCUUGAUCGACUGGAUCCAUGGAUUAGUAUAUCAUAAUUCUAUUUGUCUAGCAAAAUCAUGGUUUUUCCUAUCGCAAUCAAGUUCUCGUAUAUCAUUUUGCAUUUUUAAUAAAGUUAAGAUUAAAUCUCACAAGAGAAGUGAUUUUUUCACACAUGUUGGUGUGUUGUCCUACUGACUGGUGUCGCCCUGUGGAGUCGUCGUGUCUUAUACACUGGAACCCCUGAUACAGUCCUUACACCUCAACAUGUGAAAUGUUGUAUACUUCAUGGUAUUGGAGAUUAUAUAUGAGAUUUGUACAUUGUAAUACAGUGCUUGGAUUGUUCUAGAUCCAGUGAAUGUGAUACUGUGUUGAGCGAUUCCCCUUGUGUCCUGUGUAUUGUAUUUGGGAUAGUGAUAGAUUUCAUCAGUUUGAUAUUGUCUAUGUUUUUAUUCCUACAGUUCUGAACAAAAUGUCAUACUUAAUUCAACUAUUUCAUAAAAAUUUUCAAAAAUAAAAAUUUGAUGAAAAUUA